UUUUCGUCAGUUUAAUGUUUCCGACUGAAGAAAAUAUCCAUCUUCAAUUGCUGCGGUUACUAAUCAGUAGAGAAUUUUUCAGAAAAGGCGGUGACAGUCUAUCUCUCCCGCUGAAAAUUUCACCAAAAUUUUCAUCCUUUAUAUUUUUUAUUUCUUUCUCUUAUCUUCUUACAUGUUUCUCUUAUCUUCUUACCACAAAUAGAUCUGGUUUUCUUCUGCUAUUACCUUCUUGUUUUCUCCGCCGAAGAAAUUUGCAGAGGAUCUGAAAUAAUCUGUCGAAGGUGAUUUAUACAAACUUUUUUUUAUUACUUUUAAUUCUCGCUUAUAAGUACUUAAUAUUACUUUUGAUUACUGUUUCUUUGUUCUGCAUGAUCUAAAGGAGUAAACUUUAAGGAUCCAAAGGAGGCAACUUUCAGGUACUUAUGGUCCAAGAAUAUUGAUUGAAGAAAUUUAUACUGAUUGUAUUCGUCGUUAUUUUAGUUCAAUAAUAUUGUGAUUGAUAAAUGGAUAAGAGUUGGGUUCAUUUUGAAAGAACAAGUAAGGAGUUUCAUGAAGGGUUGUGUUUGUUCUUGAACUAUGCGUUUGAAAAUGGGUUUGUUACUGAAGAUAACAAAGUGAAGUGUCCAUGCAAGGAGUGUGCCAAUAUACAUUACAAGACUAGAGAUGAGAUAUAUGAUGACUUAGUUACCUGUGGUAUGUUAAGGAGCUAUACAGUAUGGUAUCAUCACGGUGAAGGGUUCAGAACAACAUUUCCACGUAAUUUGGGGGCCGAAAAUAUCAAUGCAGAUCAGGUUAUUAUGGAUAACAAUGGCGAAGAGGUUGGAGAUGACAUUACUGGAAUGCUGCGAGAUGCAUAUGGGUUGCGUGCUGAUGAGGAUAUGAGUGAUAUGUUGGAUGCAGAAAUGAGUGGGAUGCCAAGUGAUAGUUCAGCUGCGCAGUUUUAUAAGUUGCUAGAAGAUUCAAAGAAGCCAUUAUACCCCGGAUGCGAUAAGAUGUCGAUGAUGUCUUUUCUUGUUAGAUUUUGGAACUAUAAAUGCGUUGGUGGGAUUCUGACAAGUCAUUCAAAGAGAUGCUUCAACUCAUAAGAGAAUCAUUUCCAGAAGGGUGCACAUUGCCAGAAAACUUCUCACAGUGUAAGAAGACUGCAGGAGAUAUGAGAUGGCAUCAUGAAGGGCGUACAAAAGACGGGGUAUUGAGACAUCCAGCUGAUUCUGAAGCAUGGAGGCAUUUUGAUGAGAUGAAUCCAACUUUUAAGGCAGAUCCAAGGAAUAUCAGAUUAGGCCCGCAUAGUCCAGGUAACGAUAUUGAUGUGUAUUUGAGACCAUUGAUAGAUGAGCUGAAGGAAUUAUGGGAGGAAGGGGUGGACACGUAUGAUUCCUCACGAAAUGAAAUGUUCAAUCUGAAAGCGGGAUUAUUAUGGACUAUAAGUGGUUAUCCCGGACUUGCAAUGCUCUCUGGAUGGAGUAAUAAAGGUAAAUUGGCAUGUUCAACGUGUCUUGAAGAAACUCGGCACCAGUGGUUGAAUAAUAGAAGGAAAACAGUCUACAUGGGCCAUCGACGAUUCUUACCGAUGAAUCAUAGGAUGCCUAAAGGUGGAGCGGCUUUGAGGUUCUUGCAUGACCUAUUACCAAAUCAGAGGCUUGCAGUUGAAGUGGACAUGGAACACCUUUGUCCUUUGGGGGAAAAUGGUACGUAUAUAACCAAAUAUAUCACUCAUCUAGCGAGUGAUGGGCACAAACUAGCGUUGACAAUACAUGACUGGAAAUACAUGCCUUCACACUUAGUUGAGAAUGUGGUGCUUGAAAUAAAGCAAAUAUUUAAGUACCCAGAAGUGUUGGAUGACUGGAUCUACUCCAAGAUAAAUGAUAGGUGUAAGGAUCACAAAUAUCAUGUUAAAAAGAAUGCUUAUAAAAAUGGAAUACGGUGGAAGAACGUCUUGCUAAUCCACCACACAAUGUUGUUGAGAGCCAGUGGAGGGUACUCGUUGAGGUUUGGAAUACUGAUUUGGAGAAACAAGAAAUAUGCCAAAAAAACAAGGAAAACAGGGAGGAACAAAAAUCUCGCCAUACUAUGGGCUCUAAACCUCAUGCUAAGUGUGCCGCAGAGCUGGGAAAGAAACUAGGACGGCGUCCUAAACGUCACGAGAUUUUUGGUGCUACCCAUACUAAAAAGAAGAAAACUGAAGACCCAGAUGAAGUAUUGAUGGAUCCAGAAGUGGCUGCAGAACUUAAGGAAAUGGAGCAAGUAGAGAUCCAAGCUAGCCAACCAGGUUCUCAUAUUGUGCUACAAGGACGACAUGAUGCUUUUGCCCAAGUGCGAGAACGAGAUAAAGGUGGUCGUGUUCGCUGUCUAGGCAAUGGUAUAAAGCCAAAGAAAUAUUGGGGUGAAGAAUCAUCCACCAAUCCUUCCACUGACCCAAAUGCUGAAGUUUUGAACCUUAGACAACAAUUGGAGAGUACUGUUGCACAACUUCAAGCAGCAAUGCUACGGAUAACUAAACUGGAGGCCCUUGUUGCGCACCUUGGACUGGGAACUGCUAACAUUGUUACCCCAUCGACUGAGGCAGAGACUAGCAACAGUCCAUGAAUGGAAGAUGUUGGUGCACAUAGAUGCUUGACUGAUAUACUACUAAUAUAUAACUCUGGCGACUCAGGUGCUUGUUUUUUUUGAAUACAAGGGAAUGUGAUCUCUCUUUUUUUGUGUUCAUGCCAUCAGGUGUGUUGGUAUCAUGUCCCAAACUUUCCGCAGGCAUUUUGAAUGUUGAUAACCUUAGUUGCCAUCUUUUUGAACUCUAUGGAUGUUUUUUUCCGCAGGUUUAGUGAAACAUCUUACUGUUGAUCUAUGGUGCAUCAAUGUAAAUGUAAAACUUAAUGUUGUUUUUGUAGUGCGUCAGUGUAAAACGUGAAACUUAAUGCUGUUUCUAUUUUGCAAUGGAAAGUUAUCCAGCAGUGUAUAUUUUGAA